AUGGCCUACGGCAAUCGAGUGCUGCGGCUUUCGACCGAAUGCUAUUAUGACCUCCUAUCUACCUUCAUCCGACAGACACGUCCGCAGACGCAGACGAGGAUCUGCAUUCCUUCGCAACGGCGCCGGUUUCACGACUAUUUCGUCACCCAUUUGCCCUCCUCAUCACUCCAUCCCGAUUCCCGCUCCUUGACAGGCCUUGCCCAUAAGUUUUCCCGCAAGGACUCCGCUCCACAUACACCGGAUGGGAAGUCUGCUCCGGCCGCACACCCCUCGGUUUUGAGAGACACGACGGUUGUGCGAAUACCUCUCAAAAGCGCGAAGCAUCAUUACGGUGCUUCGGUGUCUCGAGGCAGUCGGCCCUACAAUGAAGACUCGCAUCAGGCCGGAAUCAUCGAGCUUCCGGCAUUUGCGAAAAGACCACCUGUGUCAAUAACGGUCAAUCCCAAGUCUGGUGAGGGAACAUCGGCAGAUAGCGCCUCUGGCGACCCCCAGGUUUUCUACUUUGCUGUCUUUGACGGUCACGGUGGGGCGGAGUGCAGCGAUUUUCUCAGGGAGAGACUGCAUGAAUACAUCGAAAAAUCGGCCAAAUCCUUCGGGUUCCGCUCCAGCUUACAGAAACACGACCUGGAAAGAGAAAGAAAGAAAGUGGCCCCAGGGGCCUAUGAGGGUGACGCCGAACAACAGAAACAAAGCAAGACAGCAUUAGAGUCGGUUGAAAUCAGCACUGAUGAACGCCCCAAGGAGGUUCGUUCCAGUGAGGAAAAUGCACCAGGAUCUGCAGCGGCCACGCAACCUGCUUAUCCCGGAGAUCCGCCAUUGAUCCAGGGUGCAACUAAAGAGAAGAUCAAGGCAUUAGAAGAGGAGCUGACCCAGAAGUGGAAGCAUCUUGUUGGCGGCUAUUUUCGACGGUUUAGACCUGCUUAUUUCUCCAUAUACGACGGAUAUCCAAGAACUGGGGAAGAAUCCGUUUCGAUGAGAGAAGGUGGCAAGGAUGUGGAUUCUGGUGCUGCUAUCGAAGAAGUUGUCACCUAUGCUUUUUUGAAAGCAGAUUACGACUUCGUCGCCGCACAGGCUGCGAAGGAUUCGGAGACCAGGGACAACACUCGGGCAGAGAGGCCAUUGAAUGAGGAGGAUGUCUUAGGUGAACCCAGCAAGCUUGCCUCUCACAUUGGCGGACCUGUACGGUUUAAGGGAGGCAGUACCUGCAGUGUGGUCUUGGUCUCGACUCCUUCGCCGACGCCGUUCUGGAAUCCUGCUACGACAUGCUCGAUGCUGGUUGCCCACGUCGGAGACACGAGGAUUCUGCUUUGCUCGACAGCUACUGGCGCGGCAAUACCUCUCACCACGAAUCAUCAUCCCUCAUCACCCGUGGAAAGCACUAGACUGAGGAGGUACGCUGCAACCUUUGUGACCGAUUCAUUUGGUGAGGAGAGGAUCUCUGGCCUUGCCAACACACGAUCAUUCGGCGACAUUGCGUCUAAGCGCAUUGGGGUCAGCGCCGAACCAGAAAUCAAGAGGGUUGAACUGGGACCUGCGGAAUAUUCUUUCAUGGUCCUGAUGUCCGAUGGCGUUUCUGGAACACUGGACGACCAAGAGGUGGUCGAUAUUGUGAAAGAGGCCAGGACUCCGGAGCAGGCGGCCAGAGAUGUCGUCAACUUUGCUACGGAGGUGUCGACGGAAGGCGAUAAUGCCACUUGCCUAGUUGUGCGCUUGGGAGGAUGGGAACGACGACAGGAGGGAGGUCAUGGAAGCCUCCGUACGAAGGAGAGCCGUGACUACAAACGACAAAGUGCGGCAGAUCCUCGGACUAGGCGGCAGUAA